AUGUCACGAGAAAUCGCAGGACCACAAUGGGGACCGCUUCCGGAGGACGAAGAGCUGGAUCUGUUUCGAGCCAUACUGGAUGGAGACGACGAAGAACCUGAUCAGACCAGUAAACGAUUCGAUCUGAUUCGUUCCGCAAUGCCUUUUGAAAACACUCGUCUGCCACGUUCAGGUUAUACCAACGACAGUGGACAGCCCGUCUCAUGUGCUUUACCGCAAGAUGCUGGUUUCAGUAGGAAUCCUCCUGAUAUCGGCGACUGGCCCCGUCGGCUCUUGCAUGUCCCGACCAUGACCUCAGUGGAAUGGGUGGGCAAUGAUUCUUACAGCUACCCGAUCAAGGAUGGUGAUCGGGUCAAUAACAUCCCUUGGGAUAUACCGCGCGUCAAGGCCGAGUACAUCACCGUUAAGGACUUUCAAGCAGUGAUAAAAGCGGCCUCUCAAUCUUUAUCUACAGGGCGAGUAGACUUCGUUUGGUUGGAUGUCGCAUGCAUCAGCCAGGAAGACAACGAUUCGGAUAAGAACUUGGAGAUCGGAAGGCAAGCCAGCAUUUUUACAAAAGCAGAGGCUGUCGUGAUAUGGCUUCAUCAACAGUCUUCGACAGACCUCUCCAACUCCUUACAAAAUCUGAUGGCGCCAGAGAAUGACCUCUCGCGCCUACACACUACCGUUGACUGGUUCCUCGCAGACAAAUGGUUCAGUUCUCUCUGGACAUAUCAAGAGGCUUAUCUCAGUCAAGACUGUGCUUGGUUUUCAUCACGAUCAGGAGAAGUUAAUCCAUCUGUUUCCCUCUCUCAACUCGUCACUCGAUGCGCGAGGAUUGGAGCAGACUUGGAACAACACUUUGCCAGUGUUGUAUAUUCCACCCCACCGUCGCGUAUCCGCGACCAGAAGUUCAGAGAGGAGAUCUACCAGAUGCUUAGUGAUCACGGUAUUCUCGCUCUGGCACAGCGCAGCCCCUUCGCUCUCUACAGCGCCAGCUGGGGAAGGCAAACUCAGAAAGACUAUGAUAGAAUCUAUGGCAUCCAGCAAGUCUUCCGAUUUCGGGUCGGAACAUCAGUAGAAGGGUCAGACCCGGACGCAAAAUACACCCUCUUAACACUCGAAGCUCAGCUUGGACGCCUGUUGUUGGAAAAUGAGCCCGUGAAAAGUCAAUUACAUGUCUUCGAGGAACCGGUAAUGCAGGGCUGUGGAUGGCACAUCAGCCCCACAUCUCGCAUCCCUCAAUGGGGCUUCCCUCGGCCAUUGCUUGAAUACCAGUUUACCCGUUUUUGCUCUUUGAGCGCGUACGACGGGUCUAUAGGAGGCCAGUCAACCGUGAUAGCCCAAUACACUAGCUAUCUCCAAGAACUAUCCUCCCUCCAGGCACGGUGGCGAAAUGCUGACGAGAGACAUCUCACCGGCUCAUCAGAAUUUCGGAGCGUGCACAAAAUCUCACUAGACGUAGUUAAGUCGAGCCUGCCAGUACCGGGUGAGAAGCCAGAAUAUAGAACAUGGGGACAUAGACGAGAUGAUCUGUCUGGCUUCUAUCAACAUCAGCUUUCGGCGUGGCUGGGAGCACAGGCUAGUGCUGCAACGAUCACUGUACUGCUUCUCGGCGAAUUCCAUGUCGAGACUGUUGGUAAGCACUAUUGCGGUAUGUUACUCCAGAACGAAGGUUGUGGGAGGCCUAGAAGAAGAAUUGGUGUGUGCGCAUGGAGAGCAGAGGCCACUGGAGCAUGGGCUUCCCAGCAAUCCGGCACUUUCGUCUAG